AUGUCGGAUGUGUCGAACCGAAAGAGUCGAAAAGGCCGCUUAUCGCAGUUUUCCGCGGCUGCUCAUCAGAAUGCUGGUGUUGCGUUUGUUGAGCCUGCAGGGAACGCCGUGGACACCGUUUCCACAAAUGAUCAACCCGUAUUCAAUUCAUCAUUUGACCAACCAUAUUGCUAUCCUACUACCAUAAAUCUACCGGAAUUCGCAACUUUAUAUACGUCGACAACACCAUUAAGCUUCAUCUAUGAAUCUCCUUGCUUAGCACCUCCUCCCGUUGUCUCUGAUUCGCAUGGGGAUUCGAGCGCAAGACCUGAGGAGCAGCAAAUCUACGAAGAGAUAGUGAGAGAAUGUCACGAAAUCGAACAGCGUUGGUUAUCUUCGCCUUCCAAUUCGACCGCUUCCAGCUCGCAGUAUUCUUCUGAUCCUGAAUCACCACCACAAUUAGUGUGGAAACUGGAGAAGCGGGAAAAGAAAAAGGCUCAAAACCGUACUGCCGCUCUCAGAUAUCGUGAAAAGAAAAAGCUGGAUAAAGAGAAGAAAACAAGUGAAAUAGUUUCACUCACUCAAAGAAAUCAAGAGCUGAGAUCAAAGGUGCUAGAGGUCAGCGGAGAGGUUGCUAUCCUGAAGAAACUCUUGAUUGACCCAGAAAAAAGUAACCCGGCUUCAUUACUGUUGAACGUUAAAGAUGAAUAA